AUGACCACCCCACCACACGAACUCCCGGAUGCCCUAAUCAGCGCCCUCCGAGGCAAGUUCCUCGUCUUCGAUGGUCCCGACGGCUCUGGGAAAUCCACCCAGCUCGCGAUGUUUCUCAAAGCCGUCCGCAGCGCCCGGAUCGAGGUCACGGAAGUCCGCGAGCCGGGUGGAACAGAGGUCGGCGAGAAGAUCCGCGACGCGCUCCUCGACCACCUCGAUCGCGAGACCAUGUCCCUCCGCUGCGAGAUGCUCCUCUACAUGGCGUCCCGCGCCCAGCUCUGCGAGCAGGUCAUCGCGCCGGCGCUCACGCAAGGCAAGCUCGUCAUCGCCGACCGCUUCGUCUCCUCCACCUACGCGUACCAGGGGACCGCUGGAGGGAUCCCGAUCGCUGAGAUCGACGAAGCCGCCAAAAUCGCGAUGCAAGGCACACACCCCGACGCAACCCUGAUCUUCGAUGUCGAUCAGGACACCGCCGCGUCGCGCCUCAAUCCGCUCCUCGAUCGCAUGGAAGCCAAGGGCGCCGCGUUCCACGCGAAGGUCCGUCAGGGAUACCAGGACCUGAUCGCGUCCGAUCCUGAGCAGCAACGCUACCUCCGCGUAGACGCGGCCGGGAAACCAGACUGCGUGUUUGGCAACAUCCUCGAUGUGCUCUCGCGACGCUUCGUCCGCUAA